AUGAACUCACAGGAGCUGGAGAACUUCCUUGCGGACUCUCCGCCUACGACGGUGAACCUGGUGAUUAAGAAACACUUCGAGGCUCUGGAUGAUCAGCAAAAACGCUAUGCACACUAUAUUAGCAAAUCUUCCUUUACCGGAACACGUAUCACUCUCCGCCAGACUUCCCCCGAAUCAGAAAGCAUAUUCGACUUCAUAAUCGAGCUUUACAAGAGUUGCAAUGGUGACUGGGCUGCUUGCCAGAAGAAGGCCGGAAUCAGCGACGAUGAGCUGAAAUACUUCCUCGAAUAUGCGGCGAUGUUUCUAGGAAACUGCGCCAAUUACAAAUCUAUGGGAGAUGCCAAGUUCAUCCCUCGGUGCAACGAGGAGGCAUUUGCGGCUCUGGCAGCUACUUCCCCGGAAGCUGAAAAGCACUAUAAAGCUACAAAUGGCGCAAUUUUCUCAAGCAACAACUCUGGGAUCAUGCAUCUGGGGUACUUAGAGGAUGGACACAUGACCACUUAUUAUCCUGAUUCCAAGGGAAUCACGAAACCUGAAAUCCAGGCCGUAAGUGAGUGGAUGCAGAAAAAGAAGCUUCUUGUGGAAAAUACUAGAUUGAGGAAAACCCAGGAUGGCACUUUCGAGCUCUUGAUCGCAUCGGCAGUAACGCAAGUUCCUCCCGAAGGUGGCGAUAUUGGAAAAGAAACCGAAUUUGACAUUAAUGAUGGUCUAUUAAAGGGCCAUAAGAUCAAACUGAUUUAUGGUGACCACUCUAAGGAGUUGGCCCUUAUUGCUGAGUAUCACAGGAAAGCUGCCGAAAAUGCUGCGAACGAAAACCAGAAGAAAAUGCAGCUUGCAUAUGCUAAAUCCUUUGAGACGGGGUCUCUGGAGGCAUUCAAAGAUAGCCAGAGAUUUUGGAUCAGGGAUAAGGGUCCUAUGGUGGAGUGCAACGUUGGUUUCGUUGAGACCUACAGGGACCCUCAUGGAGUGAGAGGUGAAUGGGAGGGCUUUGUUGCGACUGUUAAUCUUGAGCGCACUAGAGCCUUCGGAGGUCUUGUCGACAUUGCAGAGUCUACUAUUCCGAACCUUCCAUGGCCCAAAGACUUUGAGAAAGACAAGUUUCUGAGCCCAGAUUUUACCAGUCUCGAAGUUCUAUCUUUCGCUGGGUCCGGGAUACCCGCUGGAAUCAACAUUCCUAAUUAUGAUGAUAUCCGACAAACAGAAGGGUUCAAGAACGUUUCUCUAGGAAAUGUACUGAGUGCCAAAGCCCCUAAUGAAAAGGUUCCUUUCAUUUCGGAAGCAGAUCUUGCACUGUUUCAGAAAUACCGCGAUCCUGCCUUCGAGGUGCAGGUAGGAAUCCAUGAGCUCCUUGGACACGGCACCGGAAAGCUGCUGCAAGAAAUCGAGCCUGGUAAAUACAAUUUCGAUAUACAGAAUCCACCUAUCAGUCCAGUUACCAACAAGCCAAUAACGACAUGGUACAAACCGCGCCAAACAUGGGGAUCUGUUUUCGGAAGUAUCGCGUCCAGUUACGAGGAGUGUAGAGCUGAGUGCAUAGCGAUGGCACUGAGCUGUGACUUUGAGAUCCUUCGGAUAUUUGGUUUCGGCGACGGCAAGGAGGAUAUCAACAACGAGGCCGGUGACGUCCUCUAUGUCGCCUACCUCCAAAUGGCCAAAGCGGGAAUAUCCUCGCUGGAGUUCUGGGACCCCAAAAGCAGAAAGUGGGGACAGGUGCACAUGCAAGCUCGCUUCUCCAUUCUGAAAUGCUUCUUGGACGCCGGUGAGGAUUUCUGCAAACUGGACUAUCAAAAGGAGGAUCUCUCGGACCUGACCAUCAAGCUCGACCGUCACAAGAUCACUACGGUUGGGCGCAAGGCUGUCGAAGCGUACCUGCAGAAGCUGCACAUCUACAAGUCAACUGCGGAUGUGGAGGCUGGCACGAAGUUCUACAAUGAGAUGACGUAUGUUGAUGAUGAUUUCUGGGGGACGAAGGUGAGAGCACAGGUUUUGGCCAACAAGCAGCCCAGGAAGGUGUUCAUCCAGGCAAACACGGUUCUUGAUGAGGAGACGGGCCGUGUAUCCCUGCUAGAGUAUGAACCUACUUGUGAGGGUAUGAUCAAGAGCUAUGCAGAGAGGGGGAUUUGA